ACGGAAACACAAGCCAAACCCGCCCGCGCGAGUUUAAGGCCACAUCUCUCUCUCCUUCUCUCUCUAGAAAGUAGUACAGUACUGUAAGAGUGCGUGGUAGUCUAUGCGGUCACCACCAGAAGACUCUGAGAGAGCUUCGUCUAUCGAUGAACAGCCGAUAUUUUGGCUUACUUUAUCUGACUUAUAGCUUCUUUAUUCAUCUCGAUCGCCACCACCCAUGAAUUCAAGCUCUUCUUCGAUCUCCCAAUCGUCGUUAUCAAUGGCGGCGAACAACUCUGCUCCAAGUACCGAUGGAAAGAAGGUGAGGAAGCCUUACACUAUUACCAAGUCCAGAGAGAGCUGGACCGAUGAAGAACACGACAAGUUCCUUGAAGCUCUUCAACUGUUUGACCGUGACUGGAAGAAAAUUGAAGAUUUUGUUGGUUCAAAGACAGUCAUUCAGAUCCGAAGUCAUGCCCAGAAAUACUUUUUGAAGGUCCAAAAAAAUGGUACAAUAGCACAUGUGCCACCACCUCGCCCUAAGCGCAAAGCUGCUCAUCCUUACCCACAAAAGGCCCCCAAAAAUGUUUUAUCACUUGGGAAUGCUUCCAUGGCUUAUCCUUCUUCCUUGAAUCCCCUUGCACCUGGAUAUUCUCCAUGGGAUGACACUCACUUGCUAAACACUCUAUCGGGUGGAUCUAUGGCAUCCCAAGAUGAAUACGCCCUUGGAGUUGAAGCUGAUACUGGAUCGAAGGGGGUAGCAAGGUUUAGUAACAGCAGGAUUGAUGGCGGUGGAAGCUCAGGUGGAACGCUACCUACUUCUGAGUUAGAAAAGCAAGGGAAACAAAGUUCUUUGCAUCAUGGCAUACCUGAUUUCGCUGAAGUCUAUAACUUCAUUGGAAGUGUCUUUGAUCCAGGCACUAAUGGUCAUGUGCAGAAGCUCAAGGAGAUGGAUCCUAUAAACUUCGAAACUGUUUUGUUGCUGAUGAGAAACCUCACCAUCAACUUGUCAAGUCCUGAUUUUGAGCCAUUUGCAUUCGCAUUGACCUCGUAGUUACUAUCUUCUGCUCUGUUGCUUGGGAGACAGGAAAAGGGAGAAAAAACGUGAAUCCUGCUAAGAACAUGGGUUUCUGUGAACGGAUUUAGGAAUUGCAGCUGUAGGAGCAUUGUGAUAACAACAGUGUUAAUAUUCAAUUCAUACUUUCCACUUAUAGUUGAUAGCUGUUCCAUGCCUGGUUUGUCCUCUGGUUUUACCAUAGAUGUCAAAGUUAGAACCUUAUUGAAGGAAUGCAUUUGGUACCUAUUCCUUGUCUACUCAAAGGCUUAAAGCUAUAAAAAUGGUUCGAAUUCACGGCUAUAUCCAACAUUCUAACUAGAGAGUUCAAGAUUGCUCAAUCACAUUUUGGUACAGAUAUAUUGUUGUUUCAUGGCUUUCACUUUCGCAGUCAAAGAAAUGUUAGUUGGAUUGGUACAUGCUUAAAUGCGUCGCAUGCCUUUAGUUUAGGUGAAGAUGGUCAGAUACUAUGACAUUCUCCCAUAAUUCCUUCUCUGGAAUAUCGUUUCCUGAAAACUUAAUGAGUGCAUAUGUCACUGGACUUUGUCCCAUCCCAUGUCAAACAAUUCAUCGGUUUUAAGCCAUUCAUUUCACCACAUGCAUCUAGAAAACCAUGUUUUUUUUAGUGUAGCUAACUAGCUCUUCCUCUGCACUCUGAAAUACUCCACUCAUUAGCAUACGUGAAUCUAGGCUGACAACUUUUGAUCCAAUAUGUAUAUAGGUACUGCUUUAGCAUAUGUAUAUAAGAUAGAUAAGUAAACAGUCGAUUUAACAUUUUUACUGAGGGAACAGUGAGCAAAACUAAGAAGUUGUGUUCUCCCUCUCGUAUUACCUGUGUG